UAUAGGUUAAAGAUUUAAAUAAUAAAUAAGACUAAUUAUGACUGAUGUGAAAAUUAAAGUAACAUUCGUUAUUCCUAAACAUUGUAGCGACGAAAAUGAUUGUUCCGAAGACAUGCUUAUUGCCUAUACGGCGUGUGAAAAUCACCGUGGAGGAGGGCUCCAAGCGCAGUGGGCGCAUGAGAAGUCCCUCACAUUUGACCAACCUCCCAUGAAGAAUGACAUUUUCGUGUUAUCAGAGUUUGAAGGAGACCUUUAUGAGAAGUUGAAGGCCACAAAGUGUCUAUUGGUUGGUCCCCGAUGCUUGUCCUGCUCUCUCACCGAGGGCAGCCCUAUUCCAUCCAAAGGGCAUCCCGUGUACACAGUAGCCAUGCGGGGAUUGAUUGUAACUCUCAGUGGACUUUCUAAGGAAGCAAAGACGAAUCUAAAGCAGAAGAUAGAAUGGAUGGGCGGCACGUACAGCGCGGUCCUGUCCUCGGAAACGACGCAUUUGAUCGCCAACAAUGUGUUCUCCGACAAAUACAUAAAAGCAGCCGAACGAGGAAUCCCAGUAAUGAAAGACAGCUGGAUCCCCGCAGUCUGGGACGCCUCACUGAAACUUGACAUCAACGGUUCUUCACCAGAAUUCAACGCACACCGCUUGCCUCCGUUCGCCAACUUGCAGAUCACAACCUCGGGCUUGAAUAGCCACGACAAAAAGUUAAUAAUGAAACUGGUCAAUGCGAAUGGCGGGGAGUUUUCCAGGGUAUUCUUGAGUCAGACGACUGAUGUUUUGGUGUUGACCAAGGACUCCACAUCAAGCGAAAAGUACAAAGCCGCCAUAGAGUUUGGCAAAGUGUGCGUGACACCUCAUUGGAUAAAAGAUUCAGCGGCGCUGGGGUUCGCUUUGCCUGUGUCGCGGUACAAAGUGACUUCCACUACCACAUCGUCGCCGGUUAGGGACCUAGCCGUGCCGGACAUGAGUUUAAAUCUUACAAGGAUAACCAAAGAAGGAAAACCGAGCAAUUUUGUGGAUGAGAGUAAAAUGACGGAUUCCAUGAUGCUGUCAGGAACUACAAAGUUUCAAGAGUCCAAGAGAGAUUCCAAUGUGGAUGAAAAUCAGAAAGCAUUCGAAGCUUUUGACGUCGCUGCGGUCAAAAAGGCUGGCCCUAUUUUUGACGGAUUUUGUAUUUGGGUGAGCGGUCUGGACGGGAUGCCUCGCGAGCGUGCUUGGGCGUGCGUGUCUAAAGCCGGAGGCACCAGGUACGACGGACCAAACUCCCGAGUGACCCAUGCAGUUUCAUGGGGUGCUGCGGCGUCGGCGGCGGCAGCUGCCCUGCCCACGGUGCCGGUUCUAUCCCCGUUGUGGCUCAUACGGAGUGUGGAGGCCGGGAGAGUGUUAGACGAGGCCGAGUUUCUUAUAAACACCGAGCCAGCCACACCACGUAAAGCGAGUCAACCACCUAUAGCCGCCCCUUCCCCUAUGAGCAAACGGACAUUACAACUGUUACUACCCCCACCAGAACCUAUAGUGGAAGAACAACCACAACGAGAUCAUAUAGUCGAUCAUUACUUGAGCCGUAAGUUAAGAAUGCCAAAUGUUCUUUAUAUACGGCCGCUUCCUAUGAGCAAACGAACAUUACAACUGUUACUACCCCCACCAGAUCCUAUAGUGGAAGAACAACCCCAACGGGAUCAUAUAGUCGAUCAUUAUUUGAGCCAACAUCUGUCACAGCAACAAGCAGCCGAAUCAAGCAAAUCACCGGAACCGGAACCGGAAAAGAAGGAACCUUCUCGAAACAAUGACGACACAGCCGUCACAGUUUCAGGGUUCACUCAGUCUGAAAAUAUAUUUAAAGAUUUAGUAUUCGAAGUGCAAGGCCUAGAAGAUGAAGCUAUCUGCGAGAUCGGAGCGGAAAUCCGAGCGGAGGGAGGGAUGCUAGCGGCGGCGGGUGCGGGCGGCACGCACGUGCUGGUGCCGCUGGACUUCGACAAUAACCAACUUGUUACUAAGAGCGCGGAAGCGGUUACUGUGUUCUGGGUGAAAGACUGCCUCUCUCGUCAAGAGCUAACUCCCAUCGAAUACUACCACCGUCCCGUCCACCUCAAGUCUCCUGCCUCCAACCCGCUCCACGGAGUCGUGGCGAGUUUGAGCACCUACAGCGGGGUCGAGCGGGCCUUUUUAGACGAAUUGGCGAAGCUAUGUGGUGCUGCCAUGCAGCAACGCUUCUGCCGCCGCAGCAACAACAGCGCGCUCGCCUCCACCCACCUCGUGUGCCCCGAGCCCACCGGCGCCAAGUACACCGCCGCCAGGAAGUGGGGGGUGCCCGUGGUCCGAGCUAGUUGGCUGCUGGCCUGCGCAGAGAGGGGGGUUAGGGUGGACGAGGCGGAGCAUUCUGUAGACCAAGAAGCUGCAGAUCCGUCUCACGUUCAGCAAAACACACUAAACGCACCACCACAAACACCUGAACCGAAAAAGAGUAUUCCUCUACCCGAAGAAAGAAUACCAGAACCGAAAGCCAACACUCCAGAAAUAACUGAACCGAAACCGAAAACACCAGAACCGGAAAUAAUUGAACUGAAAACACCAGAACCGAAAAGAACUGAACUGAAUAAGACACCAGAACCAGAUUUAGAUGCAAAUAUGGUGCCUGAUGUUGAACAGACGUUGCCUCCAGAUGUUGGUACUGCCAUGUCGCCGCGGCAGACCAAGAAGAAGUUUAAGAUCAAUACUAAUAAAAACGAACAAUUUGAGGGAAUGUCCCCCGCGUCGCGAUUCAUAGCCAUGCGUCGAAUGGGCAUGUUCAGCGACCACGAGGACAGUUCCAAGGAAAACACGCCGAAGAGACCUGACAGCGAAUCUGACAACGAGGUCCUCUCAAGCCCCAACCUAAAAGGUUUCAGUCCGAACACGAGGAGAAAACUGCAGGCUAUCAGGAGGGGCGAAAUACCUGAUGAGCCUAUCAAGACGCCUAAUAACCCAUUCGACAAGAAGAUCCCGACUCCAGACAGCGACUUCGGCGCCGCGCUCCGCCCCGGCCGGAAACGGAUGUCCGUCGACGCGCGCAAGCUGCUGUGGGAGUUCGUUGAUGGUUUACCUACUAACGAAUCCCGCAGUGAUACGGAAACUCCGCCAUCUAAAAUGGCCAAAUUUACUGAAGAUCAGUGUGCCGGCGGAGCAAGAAUACCAGACGUCCAGACCACCCCUCUAGCUCCCAAACCAGUGGAAGACUCUCGGCCCAGCGUGGUCCCGUUAGAAGUAGACGAACAGCUACAACGCCUCAAUGUGGUGCUCACGGGGAGGCGGACUCCUCGGCGCGCGAGCAGGGUGCAGCCGCUGCAAGAGAAGCCUGCAGAUAUGGAGUACGAAUCUGGGCCAGAGUCCCAACCUAACACCGUCGGAUGGGACGACACCACACCAUCACAAAAGGAAUCCUUCGAAUCCAGCAAACCGCAUACCAACGUUACUUUAGACAAAUCAGAUAAAACUAAAAGUUAUUUAGAACCAAUAGGAAAGGAUAAUGAAGAUAGUAAAAGAAAUGUAGAAUCAAAAGAGAAUAUGUCAAAAGUGGAAGUAAAUGCUUCGAAUAGUGUGUUAAAAGUGGAUAAGGCAGUGGAAGCGAAGAGGGAAGAAAAGAAAACGAUUAGGAGAUUUAUGCUGUCUUCGAAUGUUGACAACCGCGAAGAAACAGUCGAAAUGAUCCUUCGCCUCGGCGGCUCCGUGACCGACCUCGACGACGAGGACUCCGCCCCCCCCGGGACUCCGGCCACGCACCUGCUGUGCUGCGCGCCGGCCCGCAGCCAGCGCGUGCUCAACUGCAUUGCGAGCGGGUGCUGGGUGCUGCACCCCGCCUACGUGGCCAGGAGCGCCGCCCAUGGCACGUUUUUACCGGAGGAAAACUUCGAAUGGGGCAACCCCGUAGCGACCUGUCUCCCCCCAGUCACCGGCGGCGAACGAGUCCUCGCCCUCGCCGCCCAUCGCUGGCGAACCAGACGCGCCUGGGGGCAACCCGGGCCUUUUGCUGGAGUCAUAGCACUGUUACAUGCGCCUGAGCAGAGGAGGAAACUGCUGGCGAGAUUGGUGAAAGCUGGAGAAGGGAGCGUAGUGGAUGAGGAACCCCCAUACACCGACGAAACUAUCAACGUCUGCUUCGCCGAUCCGAAACGCUACCCGAUGAAAGAGCGAGACAGGGCAUGGCUCGUAUCUCGUCGCGUCCCUGUCUGCGCCUCCAUACUUCUUAGCGCGUUUCUGACGGAAGAGAAUCGACCGGAUUUGAACCAGCACUGUUUACCUGAGUUUAGACAGUAGCCCCAGAUAAGCAUGCCAUAUGGAAAAUUAUUUUGUGCAUAACUAUAAUAUCCAGUUGAAGCUUGUAUUGUGUUUUAUAGAGGUCCUUGCUUGUAUUUCACUCUAUGGGACUCAACUCACUCAAAUU